UUGACUUAUUACACUAGUUCAACGGUGCAGCGAAAACGAACAGAUCUAAUGUGACGGUUGAUUGAGAUAAGUCAGCAUAUAAAAUAAAACUCUCGGAUACUAACAAGAAGUUACGUGACGAUAGAUUAAAUUACAGAGAUACAAAGUUGUUACCAAAGUUUCUAGGAACAAUUAUCUUCAAAUAUGUUUGGCAAAGAAGCUGUUAAACUCAUUACAGAGCUUGAUAUGUAUGAAGACAUCCGUCCAUUUAAUGAGCAGCUGCUACGACAGGUUUUCGAAGAAAUGCAAAUGCUAUAUGAGGCAAACUUAGUGGACAGUAAUGCCAUACAGAACGAAGGAUACAACGCAUUGUUGCCAUCAAUACAUUUUCGACACACAGCCCUACUGAGAAAUAAGAGAUGCGUCUUGGCGUAUCUGUAUCACCGUAUCAAGCGAUUACGCGAAAUGCGCUGGGAAUUGGGCAGCAUUUUGCCAACCGAAAUAACUGCUAAUCUACUGAAUGCAGAGCUGCAGUGGUUUCAAAACUACAACAAAUCUCUGGCUACUUACAUGAAAUCGAUUGGAGAUGAUCAUGGAUUGAACUUGACUGUGAACAUGAGCCCGCCAAAAACUCUCUAUGUUGAGGUGAAGUGCUUAACCGACUUUGGCAAGUUAGAGCUCGACGAUGGCGAGGUGGUAACACUGAAGAAGAAUACGUAUCACCUGCUGCCGAGAGCUAUGUGCGAGCCGUUAAUCAGGCAAGGUAUACUUGAGCAUCACAACGCGUAGCGACUGAUAUUUGCGCGUUUGAUGCGAUCUGCGAAGAAAAAGCGAAAAAGUCUCUCUCGUCUCAUUUCUGUUGUUUCCGUCGUUUUUACGUCGCGCCCACUCUACCGAUAUCUUGCGUCUGGCGAUUCCAUCCACGUGGUCUAUUUUGGAUGACCUCACAGUCUCAGUUUUUGUGAAUGUGAUGAAAAGAAAUUUAUUUCGACAGCGGUGAACACCAGACUCUAAUCUCUCCUCCGAGAUCAUCCGAUUUAGUGAAGAAGACUUUUUCCUUGCGACAAAAAAUCGCCAAGAACGCGCUUUUACUUACGCUUACACGAUAGCGCUUUCCCGAAUAUAGCAGCUUCGUGGCGGAGCAGCGUCGUACUCAACCGAUUGCGCCGAUAGUGCAGGGGAUUUCCGUUUUACCAUGCAUACUUGCGCAGCUCCUUUCUCGGUAAGGGCCGGUUUAGUCGAUUAUCAGCUCGUAAUUUUUAAAUGUUACUUUUUAGUGCUACAGAGAAAAAAAGAAUGAGAGGCAGAGAGAGAGAGAGAGAGAGAGAGAGAGAGAGACGACGAUAACGAACAAUUGCGGUUUGCAAUUUCACAGGAAAAAGAAGUGCCGACGCAUUUUGCCCUGGGCGAUCGGUACAGAAAGUGCGGUGUUAGUGCGAUUGAUAAUCGAUGAUUACGAUGUGACUCAGAGACGCGCGGCGUCUCUUAACGAGUAAGACACCGAGUGUACUCUUGCGCGACGCUUCUUUCGAGAAUGAUUUAAAAAUCCGAUUGCAAUCAGCAGUUUUUCAUUCCACGUUGAUAGCGAUAAAAUUCAACUGAGAUUAAAUUAAUUUAAAUCAAAUUUAUUCGUUUGGUCUGAAUUAUUUCACCGUUGAUUACGUAAACGCUAAAACUAUCGGGAGGGGGAGGAUAAACUACCGUGUUAUCCUAUCAAUUCGGAUCGACCAAAAGCAUGUCACUUCCCCCGUCGUCGAGUCAGCGUGUUUUCCCGAACGUGUCUCGCUUAUAUAAAUAAUAAUGGUAUUCGUCCUCUCAGGCAUACGCAUAUAAUGAAUGUUAAAACGAUCUAUACGGUAUCACUCGCGGGCUGCACUUGCGUACGAAAUUGCAGGCAUGAUUCUGCAUGCGGCGUUUAUACGGCACAUGCAUGCAAUCACACCGCAAUCGCUCGCAUACUUAUGUGUUCUCAGAUGAGCAUUCGGUAUUCAUAUUCGGAUAAGUAACCACGUACGAAGUGAAAUGACGUUCGAUCUUAUACGCGACGACUUUACGAUAUUCAAGCGUUCGUCCCGCACAGGAAACAAGUUUGCCUCCUGGCUGGGGCAGUAUUGUGUAUACAAGUGGGAUAAAAAGAAAUAUGCUAAUCAAUUCAUCCUGUUGUGAGCAGGAUUAUCGGAGAUCACAUAUAUUUGGGACUCGGGAUUCACAUUUAACGCGGAAGGUUGAUUCACCGCUCAUGUUUGCCCGCGGGCUAAUCCGGUAUGUACGUUUAUAUUCUCCCACAAAAUUUAAUAUUACAUCGCUACAGCUCUGCUGUUAAUCAUAGAGCUUAAUCAGCUCUGAAGGC